AUGCGUGCCUCAACUAUCGUUCAAUUGGCGGCUUUGGCUCAGCUUGGCAGUGGCCACAGACAUGGAGGACUCCACCACCGUCAGACCAGCGGCAAUGGUACCUACACCUUGUCCGACAACUACCCUACUGGCUUGGACUUCUUCUCCAAGUUCAGCUUCUCCACUGACUCCGACCCUACCCACGGAUAUGUCACCUACGUCGACCAGGACACUGCCUCUAGUGCCGGUUUGAUCGCUGCCAAGGAUAACGGUACAUACAUUGGUGUUGACAGCACCAACACUGCCUCCGGAAGCGGCCGUCAGAGUGUUCGUCUGACCUCCACUGCCACCUACAACAAGGGCCUGUUCAUUCUCGACCUUGCCCACAUGCCCGGCUCCGUCUGUGGCUCCUGGCCUGCCUUCUGGACCGUCGGUGGUGACUGGCCCACCUACGGCGAGAUCGAUAUCAUCGAGGGUGUCAACCAGCAGAGUGGCAAUGCUAUGACCCUGCACACCAGCGAUGGUUGCACCAUCAACGACUCUGGCUUCAGCGGACAGGUGUCCACCAGCAACUGCUUCGUCGACGCCGCCGGCCAGAGCAACAAUGCCGGCUGCGGUAUCGACUCGAGCGACACCACCUCGUACGGUGACGGAUUCAACGGCAACAACGGUGGUAUCUACGCCAUGGAGUGGACCGACGAGUUCAUCCAGAUCUUUUUCUUCUCCCACGACAACGUUCCUGCCGACCUGACCAGCGCCAAUCCUAACCCUGCUGCCUGGGGACAGCCUGCUGCUCUCUUCAGCGGUGACUGUGAUAUUGACUCGCACUUCCAGAACCACAACAUCGUCUUUGACAUCACUUUCUGCGGUGACUGGGCCGGCUCUGUCUGGAGCAGCGGAUCCUGCGCUACCCAGGCUGCCUCGUGCAACGACUUUGUCCAGAACAACCCUUCUGCCUUCGAGUCCACCUACUGGCAGGUCAACUCCCUCAAGGUUUACUCCCGGUAA